AGAAGCUUGCGGCCCAGCCAAGAUGGCGGCGUACCUGACCCACCAGCAGAAAGUGCUGCGUCUCUACAAGCGGGCGCUGCGGCACCUCGAGUCCUGGUGCAUCUUCCGGAGCACCUAUGUAUUUAAAGUAAAGGGCUGAGCAGUGAGGUGACCAGGUUGCAGAUGCUACCGUAAAGCAGACUGGAAAGAGCUGCAAAAGAAUCGCUCCAGACUGGGUGAAUGGGCAACAAAAUGACAAAUGAGGUUGAAAGGACCGGUAUCGAUUCUUCGCCUGCCUGCUGAGAGCACGGUUUGAUGAACAUAAGGAUGAAAAAGAUAUGGUGAAAGCAACCAAGUUGUUGAUGGCUGCUGAAGAAGAAUUUUGGGAAAAUAAACACCCUGAGCCUUACACCUUUCCUGAUGCUCCAGGAGGCACAUGUUAUGAGAGAUACGAGUGCUACAGGGCACCCGAAUGGUUCCUAGAUUUAUGGCACCCUUCAGAGAAGGCAAUGUAUCCUGAUUACUUUGCCAAGAGAGAACAGUGGAAGAAGCUGAGGAUGGAAAGCUGGGAGAAAGAGGUUCAGCAGCUUCAGGAAGAAACCCCAGCAGAUGGGCCCAAGACGGAAGCCCUGCCUCCAGCACGGAAGGAGGGACACCUGCCUCCCCUGUGGUGGCAGAUUGUCACUAGGCCACGGGCACGUCCAAUAUAAAAACACUUGUGCAAAAACACUUCUCUAAGAGGUGAUUAAGCCCUACCAGUAAGAAUGUCUGCAUGCAUUACUGUGGUACAUGUACCCAAUAAAAUAAAGUUCAGUGUCA